AUGGAUUCUUCUAAGAUCAUUAACAUUAUUUUAGCCAUAUUCUUACCACCUGUUGCUGUGUUCGCUGCCCGUGGUUGGGGUACCGAAUGUAUAAUUGAUAUCGUUUUAACCAUCUGUGUCUUCUUCCCAGGUAUGUUAUAUGCCCUAUAUAUUGUGUUAUCCGAUUAG